AUGUAUGAAGAAGAUCAAGUCUCAGACACAGUAGGGGUCAGAAUGGUGAAAAUGUUUAAAUCCUUAUGGAAACUUCCAGUUUUUCCUAGGAUUAAACACUUUUUGUGGAAGGCUUCUUCUUCUCUUCUCUCUACUAGAGAUGUACUCAGUUUGAAGGUUCCGGCAAUAGCUAAUAUCUGCCCGUACUGUGAUCAAAACCAAGAAUCGCCUGCUCAUGUUAUAAGAUAUUGUAAUCAUCCUAGAAUGGUCUGGUUUGCGCUUUUUGGUUGGUCUGCAAGUGGUGAUCCUUCGUUUGCUGAAUGGAUUAUUCAGUGGUGUGACAAGGUUUUCCAAAACAUUACAGCUCAACCUGAGAAAACAAUUAAGAAGUGCAAAAGCUUCUUCGAGGAUCAUGCAAUUCAGUGGAAUAAAACUACUUCUACUGAUAACAGACGUAAGCAGCAGGCAGCAAAGUGCAUCCAACUAAAAGGCAUUAGUAGCGCUGAGGAGGCUGAAUUUAAGGGGUUGAGGGAAGCUGUCAAAUGGGCGCACUCUCUCAAACUAAAGAAGAUGAUUUUGAACUUGACGCUAAGACAGUAG